AUGUCGACCGAGAAGCCGGUUUCAGCACCGAGUUCCGCCUCGCUCACAGACCGUGAGGCUCCACCGGGUCUUGGGCAGCAAGUCCUAACAGGUUCUGUUACCGGGGAGAUGAUGGUGUCUGGAUCAGGCUCAGUGGUUCUGCCGGCUGGGGUAAUCAACCCCUCGGUUCCGAUCCGGAAUAUCAAGAUGAAAUUCGCUGUACUCAUCGGUCUUAUCCAGGUCGGGGAGGUUAGCAACAGAGAUAUCGUCGAGACCGUUCUCAAUCUGCUGGUCGGUGGCGAGUUUGACCUGGAGAUGAACUUCAUCAUUCAGGAUGCGGAGAGCAUAGCCUGCAUGGUGGAGCUGUUGGAGCACUGUGACGUGACGUGCCAGGCCGAGAUCUGGAGCAUGUUCACAGCCAUCCUGCGUAAGAGCGUACGCAACCUGCAGACCAGCACCGAGGUGGGCCUCAUCCAACAGGUCCUGCUCAAGAUGGGCUCUGUCGACGACAUGAUCGCAGAUCUGUUAGUGGAUAUGCUUGGAGUUCUGGCCAGUUAUAGUAUCACGGUGAAGGAGCUGAAGCUUCUAUUCAGCAUGUUAAGAGGAGACAAUGGAGUGUGGCCGAGGCAUGCCAUCAAACUGCUGUCAGUGCUAAACCAGAUGCCCCAGAGGCACGGCCCAGAUACCUUCUUCAACUUCCCCGGACGCAGUGCAGCGGCUAUCGCUCUGCCUCCCAUUGCUAAGUGGCCUUACCAAAACGGCUUCACUCUCAACACAUGGUUUCGAAUGGACCCACUCAACAACAUUAACGUAGAUAAGGAUAAACCCUACCUGUACUGUUUUCGCACCAGUAAAGGAGUUGGCUACUCUGCACAUUUCGUCGGCAACUGUUUGAUAGUAACAUCAUUGAAGUCGAAGGGGAAAGGCUUCCAGCAUUGUGUGAAGUAUGACUUCCAGCCGAGGAAGUGGUACAUGAUAAGCAUUGUUCACAUCUACAACCGCUGGAGGAACAGCGAAAUACGUUGCUACGUCAACGGACAGUUAGUCUCCUACGGCGACAUGGCCUGGCACGUCAACACCAACGACAGUUACGAUAAAUGCUUCCUGGGCUCGUCGGAGACGGCUGAUGCUAACCGGGUCUUCUGUGGCCAGCUGGGGGCCAUUUAUGUGUUCAGUGAAGCUCUGAACCCUGCACAGAUUUUCGCCAUACAUCAGCUGGGUCCUGGUUACAAGAGCACUUUUAAGUUUAAGUCAGAGAGUGACAUCCACUUGGCAGAGCACCAUAAGCAGGUGCUGUAUGAUGGGAAACUUGCCAACAGCAUCUCCUUCACUUACAACGCCAAGGCCACCGAUGCCCAGCUCUGCCUGGAGUCUUCGCCCAGAGAGAACCCCUCCAUCUUUGUUCACUCACCACACGCCCUCAUGCUGCAGGACGUGAAAGCCAUCGUCACCCACUCCAUUCACAGUGCCAUACAUUCGAUCGGUGGGAUCCAGGUUCUCUUUCCACUCUUUGCCCAGCUGGACUACAGGCAGCCCAACGACAGCCCCGUGGAGACCACCGUCUGUGCCACCCUCUUGGCGUUCCUGGUAGAGCUACUGCGGAGCUCUGUGGCCAUGCAGGAGCAGAUGCUGGGAGGGAAGGGUUUCUUAGUCAUCGGGUACCUCCUGGAGAAGUCUUCGCGCGUGCACAUCACCAGGGCGGUGCUGGAGCAGUUCCUGUCCUUCGCCAAAUACCUGGACGGCCUGAGCCACGGGGCUCCUCUGCUCAAACAGCUGUGUGACCACAUCCUCUUUAACGCCGCCAUCUGGAUUCACACCCCAGCCAAGGUUCAGCUGUCUCUUUACACGUACCUUUCGGCGGAGUUCAUCGGCACGGCGACCAUCUACACCACCAUCCGCAGGGUGGGUACAGUCCUGCAGCUCAUGCACACGCUGAAGUACUAUUACUGGGCGAGUAACCCUCUGGAGAGCAGCGGCAUCACGCCCAAAGGCCUGGAUGGACCUCGGCCCACGCAGAAGGAGAUCAUUUCGCUGCGGGCCUUCAUGCUCCUCUUCCUCAAACAGCUCAUUCUCAAGGACCGAGGAGUGAAAGAAGAUGAAUUACAGAGCAUACUGAACUACUUGUUGACGAUGCAUGAGGACGAGAACAUCCACGACGUUCUCCAGCUCCUGGUGGCCCUUAUGUCGGAGCACCCGGCGUCCAUGAUCCCCGCCUUCGACCAGAGGAACGGAAUACGGGUCAUCUACAAACUGCUGGCCUCCAAGAGCGAGAGCAUCCGCGUCCAGGCUCUCAAAGUCCUGGGCUAUUUCCUCAAGCACCUGGGACACAAGAGGAAGGUGGAGAUCAUGCACACACACAGUCUCUUCACGCUGCUCGGGGAGAGGCUAAUGAUGCACACAAACACUCUGACUGUCACCAGCUACAACACUCUCUACGAGAUCCUUACAGAACAGGUCUGUACUCAGGUGGUCCACAAACCCCACCCAGAACCUGAUUCCACGGUCAAGAUCCAGAAUCCCAUGAUUCUUAAAGUGGUGGCCACUCUACUGAAGAACUCCACCCCCAGCGCCGAACUGAUGGAGGUUCGGCGCCUUUUCCUGUCUGAUAUGAUAAAACUGUUCAGCAAUAGCCGAGAGAACAGACGGUGUCUCCUGCAGUGCUCAGUGUGGCAAGACUGGAUGUUUUCUCUCGGCUACAUCAAUCCCAAAAACCCAGAAGAACAGAAGAUCACCGAGAUGGUCUACAACAUUUUCCGCAUCCUGCUCUACCACGCCAUCAAGUACGAGUGGGGGGGCUGGAGGGUGUGGGUGGACACGCUGUCUAUCGCUCACUCCAAGGUGACGUAUGAAGCUCAUAAGGAGUACCUGGCGAAGAUGUAUGAGGAGUACCAGCGGCAGGAGGAGGAGAACAUCAAGAAGGGGAAGAAGGGUUCGGUCAGCACCAUCUCGGGCUUGUCCGCGCAGCCAGCUGCCGUCAACGGCAACCUGGAGAUCCGCGAGAUUGACGACACGUCCCAGACGCAGACGCCGGAGAGCGAGGCCGACUACAGUGAGAGCGCUGACUCCCGCAACCUCCUGGCCGAAGCCAAGGGACCUGAGGGAGAAGCCGAAAGGGCCGCCGCCGGGGUCCGCGUGGAGGUGCACGACCUUCUGGUGGACAUCAAGGCGGAGAAGGUGGAGGCCACCGAGGUGAAGCUGGACGAUCUGGACCUGUCUCCAGAAGCUCUGGGGGGAGGAGGGAGUAUGGAGAACGGGCCACUGGUGGAGGUGGACUCUCUGCUGGACAGCGCCUACUGCGCGGCGGUGCACAAACUCAACGGCACGCUGGUACCCAAAGAGGACGAGGUGGGCGUCGGGAUCACGGAGGAUGACGGGAACCUGGGACCGCUCAUCACGCUGGCCGACGAGAAGGACAGCGUCCCCAGCAACAACGGCUUUCUCUUCGGGAAGGUGGACGACAAGCUGCUGCCCUCGCUGGCCAGCACGGAACCGCUGGUGCUGCCCAGUCCGGAGCAGUCGUGCCCGCCGGCCGUCCACUCGUCCAGCGCGAGCGAUGACCUGAGCCUCUUGGCGCACAUGACCACCUGCGGAUCGGAGCUGGUCCAGACGCCCGGCGGCUUGCCCGAGGACGGACAGUUCAAGCUCCAGAGCUCUCUGGCUGACAUCAGCACGCUGGCUGAGGCAGAGGCCCAGGCCGCGGCUAGGACGGCAGAGUGCUCGGAGACGGAGGGGGCCCCGGGCGCGGAGGGAGACGCAGCAGGAGCCAAGAGCGGAGGGGACGCGGCCAGCACCACCUCGGACACGGAGAGGUCAGACGACGGCAAAGACAAAGAAAUGAAGAAGAUCCAGACCACAGCCACCACCCAGGCUCUCCACGGCCGCAUGGGCAGUCAGAUGGAGAGAGACCUGCGGGUGGAUCUGGGUUUUCGGGGCAUGCCCAUGACUGAGGAACAGCGUCGGCAGUUCAGCCCCGGACCGCGGACCACCAUGUUCCGGAUCCCAGAGUUCAAAUGGUCUCCCAUGCACCAGAGGCUCCUCACAGACCUGCUCUUUGCUCUAGAGACAGACGUGCAUGUGUGGAGGAGUCACUCCACUAAGUCGGUCAUGGACUUUGUGAAUAGUAAUGAAAAUAUUAUAUUUGUGCACAACACCAUUCACCUCAUUUCUCAGAUGGUGGAUAACAUCAUCAUAGCCUGUGGAGGAAUCCUCCCCCUUCUGUCUGCAGCCACCUCUCCCUCCAGUUCUAAGGUUAGUGCAAACCCUAAGGAGGAAGGCUUCUGCGCUCAAAAAAUGACAAAAAGCAGUGAGGUGCAGCCCGUCUCGGGGAGCACGGGCGCAGGAUCUGAGACGGAGCUGGAGAACGUGGAGGCCACGCAGGGCAUGUCGUCAGAGACAGCGGUAACCUUUCUGAGUCGGCUCAUGGCGAUGGUUGAUGUGCUGGUGUUUGCCAGUUCCCUCAACUUCAGCGAGAUUGAGGCGGAGAAGAACAUGUCGUCAGGAGGCCUGAUGCGCCAGUGUCUCAGGCUAGUGUGUUGUGUGGCUGUGAGAAACUGUCUGGAGUGUCGACAGAGACAGAGGGACAGAGGCAACAAAUCCUCUCUUCCCAUCAGUAAGACGCAGGAGAAUAUACAGAGUGCUACGGCGUCCAGCAAGACCUCCAUACAGAACGUUCCUCGGAACCUGUCCCCCAUUAAGGACCCUGACAGAUUACUGCAGGACGUGGACAUUAACCGCCUGCGAGCGGUCGUUUUCAGAGACGUGGAUGACAGUAAGCAAGCUCAGUUCUUGGCCCUGGCCGUGGUCUACUUCAUCUCGGUACUAAUGGUGUCCAAGUACCGGGACAUUCUGGAACCACAGCGGGAGAUUGGCAGGUCCAGCAGCCUAUCGGGGAGGAGCAUUCGACAAGAGAUUAACUCGCCCACCAGCACAGAGAACCCAUCCUCCUUCUCUGAUAGCGUGCGAGAGAGGCAGGCAACCACGCCGCUGGAAGACCUGCCUCUGGAGAGCUCUCUUCCUCACACAGACUCCGGCAUCGGGGAGGAGCACGUUUCUGGAGCGCUGAACGGAGCAGAGCUGGGCGGGGAGGCCGGCGGGAGCGGGACAGGGGGAGGGCCGGACGCCAUGAGCGAGCUGCUCUGCACCCUCUCCUCCGAAGUAAGGAAAUCCCGCGAGAGCCUCCUGGAGUCUCCUCCCGGGGUGGAGGUCUUGAAACCGGCGGCUUCCAUCUCUAGCAUCAGCCAGGCCAACAAGGGCAUCAACGUCAAAGAGAUCCUUAAGAGCUUGGUGGCCGCCCCCGUGGAGGGUGCCGAGGCCGGUCCCGAGCCGCAGCCUUACCACCCCGACCCCGCCCUGAAGAGGGAGGCCGCUGCCAUGCUGCCCAUGCAGUUCCAUUCCUUUGACAGGAGUGUGGUAGUGCCAGUAAAGAAACCCCCGCCUGGCAGUCUGGCGGUAAACACCGUGGGCACACCCACCACCAGCGGGUCGGCGCCGUCAGGUAGCACGCCCAAUAUCUUUGCCGCUGCCGCAGUGACCCCCAAAAGCAUGAUCAACACCACAGGUGCCACAGACUCCGCCUCUUCCUCAUCCUCCUCUUCCUCUAGCUUUGUGAACGGUGCCACCAGUAAGAACCUGCCGGCAGUGCAGACGGUGGCACCCAUGCCCGAGGACACGGUGGAGAAUAUGAGUGCCUUAGUGGACCAGUGUCCACUGCGAACCAGGCUGACGCCUCCUGAAUUCAAAUCCCUUAGCUCCUUGGCAGGAUUCCAGACAGCCCCCAGAGAUGCAGGACAGUGUCUUAGCAUCACCACGAAGUUGGAACGUGCUCUGGAGAAGGUCGCCCCUCUGCUGCGGGAGAUUUUCGUCGACUUUGCGCCCUUCCUGUCGCGCACGCUGCUGGGGAGCCACGGACAGGAGUUGCUGAUAGAAGGUACAGGUCUGGUCUGUAUGAAAUCCAGCACAUCAGUUGUGGAGUUAGUGAUGCUCCUGUGCUCACAGGAGUGGCAAAACUCCAUCCAAAAGAACGCAGGUCUUGCCUUCAUAGAGCUCAUCAAUGAAGGAAGGCUGCUCUGUCACGCUAUGAAGGACCACAUUGUACGCGUAGCCAACGAGGCAGAGUUUAUUCUCAACAGGCAGAGAGCAGAGGACGUCCACAAACACGCUGAAUUUGAGUCAAACUGUGCUCAGUAUGCCGCAGACCGGAGGGAGGAGGAGAAGAUGUGUGAUCACCUGAUCAGUGCAGCCAAGCACAGAGAUCAUGUGACUGCCAAUCAGCUGAAACAGAAGAUUCUGAACAUUCUGACCAAUAAGCACGGAGCUUGGGGAACGAUGUCACAGAGUCAGUUAAAUGAUUUCUGGCGUUUGGACUACUGGGAGGAUGACCUUCGCAGGAGGCGGAGAUUUGUACGCAACGCAUUUGGCUCCACCCACUCAGACGUGUCACUCAAGUCCCUUGAGGACUAUGGCCCUGAGGAGGAAGAAGGAGUCAAGUCCAAGAAGACUUUCCGUAGCCAGUCUGUGGUCAGUCAAAACCCAGAGACGGAGCUGAUGCUGGAGGGAGAUGAUGACGCUGUCAGCCUCCUGCAGGAGAAAGAAAUCGACAAUCUGGCAGGGCCAGUGGUACUAAGUACUCCAGCCCAGCUGGUGGCGCCAGUCGUCGUAGCCCGUGGAACUCUUUCAAUUACCACCACAGAAAUCUACUUUGAGGUUGAUGAGGAUGAUCCCGUCUUCAAAAAGACUGACGCAAAGGUUUUGGCAUACACGGAGGGGCUGCAUGGAAAGUGGAUGUUCAGCGAGAUUCGUGCAGUGUUUUCUAGACGUUACCUGCUUCAGAACACAGGCCUGGAAGUGUUUAUGGCCAACAGGACAUCAGUCAUGUUCAACUUCCCAGACCAAGCCACGGUGAAAAAGGUCGUUUACAGCCUCCCUCGGGUCGGCGUUGGUACCAGCUACGGCCUGCCCCAAGCAAGACGGAUCUCUCUGGCUACGCCACGCCAGCUCUUCAAGUCUUCCAACAUGACUCAGAGAUGGCAGAGGAGGGAAAUCUCCAACUUCGAGUACCUGAUGUUCCUCAACACCAUCGCAGGGAGGACAUAUAAUGAUCUCAACCAGUACCCUGUUUUUCCCUGGGUCCUAACCAACUACGAAUCAGAGGAGCUGGACCUCACUCUCCCCGGGAACUUCAGGGAUCUGUCAAAGCCAAUUGGAGCCCUCAACCCAAAACGUGCUGUGUUUUACGCGGAGCGUUAUGAAACGUGGGACGAUGAGGGAACCCCACCUCACCACUACACCUCCCUGUACUCCACCUCCGCUGCUACGCUGCAGUGGCUACUGAGGAUAGAGCCCUUCACCACGUUUUUCUUAAAUGCCAACGGUAAAAAGUUUGACCAUCCAGAUCGAACCUUCUCUGGCAUUGCACGUUCUUGGAGAAGUUGUCAGCGGGACACGUCCGACGUAAAGGAGCUUAUCCCAGAGUUCUACUACCUCCCAGAGAUGUUUGUCAAUAGUAACGGAUAUGACCUGGGUGUGAGAGAGGACGGGACUUCCGUCUGUGACGUGGACCUGCCCACAUGGGCCAAGAAACCUGAGGACUUUGUCCGGAUCAACAGGAUGGCUUUGGAGAGCGAGUUUGUGUCCUGCCAGUUGCACCAGUGGAUUGAUCUGAUCUUUGGCUACAAACAGCGGGGACCGGAGGCUGUGCGCGCCCUAAAUGUGUUUCAUUAUCUGUCUUAUGAGGGUUCCGUCAACCUCGAUACUAUCACUGACCCGCAGCUCAGAGAGACAAUGGAGUCACAGAUUCAGAGUUUUGGACAGGCUCCGUCUCAGCUCCUCAUCGAGCCCCACCCUCCUCGCAGCUCUGCCAUGCAUCUGUGCUUCCUUCCCCAGAGCCCUCUGAUGUUUAAGGAUCAGAUGCAGCAGGAUGUUAUCAUGGUGCUGAAAUUCCCCUCCAACUCUCCGGUGACGCACGUGGCGGCCAACACCCUGCCGCACCUGAGCGUCCCCGCCGCCGUCACCGUCACGUGCAGCCGGCUGUUCGCCGUCAACCGCUGGCACAACACCGUCGGUCUCAGAGGUGCUCCAGGAUACUCCUUAGAGCAGGCACAUCACUUGCCUAUAGAAAUGGAUCCUCUGAUUGCUAACAACUCCGGAAUGAACAAACGUCAGAUUACGGACCUGGUGGAUCAAAGCAUCCAGAUCAAUACUCACUGUUUCGUGGUCACUGCUGACAACCGCUACAUCCUGGUCUGCGGCUUUUGGGACAAGAGCUUCCGAGUCUACUCCACGGAUACGGGAAAGCUGACUCAGAUCGUGUUCGGGCACUGGGACGUGGUGACGUGUCUGGCUCGUUCCGAGUCGUACAUCGGAGGUGACUGUUACAUCGUGUCAGGAUCACGGGAUGCCACGCUGCUGCUUUGGUACUGGAGCGGUCGACAUCACAUCAUCGGGGACAAUCCUAACAACAGUGACUACCCAGCACCCCGAGCUGUCCUAACUGGACAUGAUCAUGAGGUGGUGUGUGUGUCUGUGUGUGCCGAGCUGGGAUUGGUCAUCAGCGGAGCCAAAGAGGGGCCAUGCCUGGUUCACACAAUCACUGGGGACUUGUUGCGGGCCCUGGAGGGCCCAGAGAACUGCCAGCGGCCACGCCUCAUCUCCGUCUCCAGUGAGGGUCACUGCAUCAUCCACUAUGAGAGAGGCCGUUUCUGCAACUUCAGCAUCAACGGCAAACUGCUGGCGCAGAUGGAAAUCAACGACUCCACUCGAGCUAUCCUUCUGAGCAGUGAUGGACAGAACCUGGUGACAGGGGGUGAUAAUGGUGUGGUGGAGGUGUGGCAGGCCUGUGAUUUUAAACAGUUGUACAUUUACCCCGGCUGUGACGCCGGUAUCAGAGCCAUGGACCUGUCUCAUGAUCAGAGGACACUGAUCACUGGCAUGGCGUCGGGAAGCAUCGUGGCAUUUAACAUUGAUUUCAACAGGUGGCAUUACGAGCAUCAGAACAGAUACUGA